ACGGAAAUGAAAGGAGUACUUCCGGGUUGGGCCAUAACCUGGAGCCGGCGGCAUAGGUUGGCUCUCUAGGGCUUCACCCUUAAGCUCCGCCUUCGCCCCCGUCUUUCUGGAAACACCGCUUUGAUCUCGGGACAGGUACCUCGCGGCUGCUGCAGGUGCCCUGGAUCCAGUAGGCUGCACCGGGCUAGCGAGGCCCUUUCCUGGUGAAGGCUCAGAGUUCCGGCAGGGUGCAUCCGGCCUGUGUGUGGCGCGAGGCAGGGAAGCCGGUACCCAGGUCCUGGCCCCAGCGCUGACGUUUUCUCCCCUCUUUCUUCUCUCCGCGGUUGCAGCGUUGCAGACGCUAGUGUGAGCCCAUGGCAGAUACGACCCCAAACGGCCCCCAAGGGGCGGGCGCUGUGCAAUUCAUGAUGACCAAUAAACUGGACACGGCAAUGUGGCUUUCUCGCUUGUUCACAGUUUACUGCUCUGCUUUGUUUGUUCUGCCUCUUCUUGGGUUGCAUGAAGCAGCAAGCUUUUACCAACGUGCUUUGCUGGCAAAUGCUCUUACCAGUGCUCUGAGGCUGCAUCAAAGAUUACCACACUUCCAGUUAAGCAGAGCAUUCCUGGCCCAGGCUUUGUUAGAGGACAGCUGUCACUACCUGUUGUAUUCACUCAUCUUUGUAAACUCCUACCCAGUUACAAUGAGUAUCUUCCCAGUCUUGUUAUUCUCUUUGCUUCAUGCUGCCACAUAUACGAAAAAGGUCCUUGAUGCAAGGGGCUCAAAUAGUUUACCUCUGUUGAGAUCUGUCUUGGACAAAUUAAGUGCUAAUCAACAAAAUAUUCUGAAAUUCAUUGCUUGCAAUGAAAUAUUCCUGAUGCCUGCAACAGUUUUUAUGCUUUUUAGUGGUCAAGGAAGUUUGCUCCAACCUUUUAUAUACUAUAGAUUUCUUACUCUUCGAUAUUCGUCUCGAAGAAAUCCAUAUUGUCGGACCUUAUUUAAUGAACUGAGGAUUGUUGUUGAACACAUAAUAAUGAAACCUGCUUGCCCACUGUUUGUGAGAAGACUUUGUCUCCAGAGCAUUGCCUUUAUAAGCAGAUUGGCACCAACAGUUCCGUAGUUUAAUAUCUAGUUAAGCUACAGAUAUAGUAUAAGCAUUAUUAGCAGCUGGUACUUCUGCUAGGGGUUGUAAAUUCCAGGUGUUACACUGACCUCAAUCCAAUUUACAUAAUUUACAUAAAUGCAUCUCAGUGGAAAAAUCAUUUUCUUGGCAUGUUAAAUCAAGCUUAAAAAGUUUUGAGAAAAUUUUACUGCGCUGUGUUGCUAAUGGUUAAAAAGUCUGUAUCUAGUGAUACAUGUACCAAUUUUUUAAAAAAGAUGCUGUUGUGCCUAUAUCAUGAAGUACAUUUAUUUCUCUUGUAAAAAUAGCUCUAAAAUUUGUUUCAACCAAAUUGGUAACCUGAGUUUAUAUCUGGCAUGAGUUUAUUAUGGUGAUAAACAUAUGUGAAUUCGGUACAUUUUGAGACAGUAUUCUACCAUUCAGUAAUUUUGGUUAAUGAUUUUAACACUUCUCAGUGUAUUUAAUUUCAAAUUGUUUUUUAAUUGGUUUUAUGCUGCUUUGUUAGGACAGAUGUGUUUUGAAUGUACCAUUAUAAGAAGAAUUCUGUGUAUCUUAAACUACGACCUUCUAAAAUUUUAUUUCCAUAAGUACUUCUGUGGCCUUGAGUAUUUUUUAAAAGGCUCAACUGUAAGCCUCUUAGCCAACUGGAUAAAUAUUUGGGGUCACCUUGCCAUUGAAAGCAGAAAGCAGUAGUGACACAGCUUUCCCUUCAGAGAACCAUUGAGAAACAGUUCUCAAAUAGGAAAUCCUUCUUUUACUAAUGUGGACAUACAGAUUAUUCGUAUUAUAGUUUGUAGAACUACCUAGUUCAGAAUCUUGACUGCCAGUUUUCUUGGUUUCUUAGGCUUGAAUUUUCAUUGACAAUUGAAACAGUUUAGAUGCCUUUUGAAAGGAAUGUAACGAAGAUUUAGCAUCUGACUAUAUGUGUGUCUCUUCUGAAAUAAUAAUGGAGAGUAUACUGUAGAUUACAUGUUUACCCAUCAAAUCUGACUUAAAAGGUUAAAUGGAAGGUUUUAUAGGUAAGGUAAUUGAUUGGGAAUGGAGUAGGGGGAGGAGUUGUGGGGGAAUAGUGUGCAUUUCAGUCUCUUAAUGCAUAGAUAAAUUUAGGGGAAUUGGAUGUAUUAUGCAACUUUGAUUUGGGUUGUAAAAUGUGUUAAAUCCCAUCAACUCUUUUAUAAAAUUCAUGCUGAUCUUCGUUACCGUUGCAUGAUUGGAAAUGUUUAAAACAUUGUACAGUUUUAGUACAGAGUAGUGUAAUGUUUUUUGUGACCAGUUUUUGUCUGCAUGUAAUCUGAAUUUCUCAAAUACAUUCAUUAGUAAUUUAUCAGUAACAUUAGUUUUAUUUUUGUUCAUCUUCCUAAUCUAUAAAAAGGGGGUAUUCUUAGGAUAAAUACAUGAAAAAUUAUACUUGAUAGCUUAACUGUAAUCAGCUAUUUUUGUAUUUUUGUAAUAUUUGUCCACAAAGUUGGAGAAGCAGCCUCAUAAUAUACAGUUGAUUUUGUGUGUAUGUGGCGAGUCUUAUUGUCACUAUAUAAGUAAUCUAAUGGUUUUAGAAACUAAAUUUUCUAGAGCAAUAAAAUGACUAUAAUGUUAAGUAAACAUAACAUUGAUUUCUAAUUAUGUUUUUAAAAAUGAAGUCUUGAAUUAUGUCAAGAAAUUUUGGCAGCUGAAGGCUUUUCCUAUAAUUUAAAAAAAUCUUUUAGAUUUAUAGAAGAGUCAGAAAUGUACAAGAGAGGUUUUUUGUUUUGUUUUUGUUUUUUGAGACGGAGUCUCUCUCUGUCACCAAGGCUGGAGUACGGUGGCGUGAUCCUGGCUCACUGCAGCCUCUGCCUCGCGGGUUCAAGUGCUUCUCCUGCCUCAGCCUCCUGAGUAGCUGGGACUACAGGUGCACGCCACCAUGCCUGUAGUCCCAGCUGUAUUGUAAAAAUACAAAAUUUUUGUAUUUUUAGUAGAGAUGGGGUUUCACCAUGUUGGCCAGGAUGGUCUCGAUUUCCUGACCUCGUGAUCUGCCUGCCUUGGCCUCCCAAAGUGCUGGGAUUACAAGUGUGAGCCACCGCGCCUGGCCAAGAAGAGUUCUUUUGCAUACCCUUGUAAUCAGCUCCUCUCAUGUUAACAUUUUACAUAACUGUAGAACGUUUGUCUAAAGUAAGAUAUUAGCCCCAGAACAAUACUACUAACUGAAGUAUAAAACUUAUUUGAAUUUCAACAGUUUUUUUUCAUUUCUUAUUUUCCUUUUCUGUGCUCUGUUUAUACCAUGAUCCAUGAUUUUUUUUAAAAAUCAUGAUUGUCUUUUAAAUAUCUGUGUGUCUGUUUUGAGUUUUUCCUUUUUAUUUUGAAAAGUACUGUUGGUCAAGAUAAUUGGUCAGUGAUCCAUGUUGGUUUUAACAAAAAGAAUUUUAACAUUAAAACUACUACAAUAUAAAA